CUCUCACCCUGGUGGUCGGGAAAUGUCAAAGGGAGGCCCGUGCCGCAGCAAGGGGGCGUUACGGGGGAAAAACAAUUAUCUUUAUUGUCAUAUUUUCACGCAAUUCAAUUUUUCUUAGUCUUGUGUCAACCGUGCGCGUCAAUAUCGACCACCGCGCCGACCGUCAAAUCGCACGGUGUAGCAUCCGCCGUGGACUGCUGUUCGCAUCCUUGAUCCGUCUCGUCUCGUAUCGCAAUCGUUGCCAAACAUGAGAAAUGAAACAUUUGUCCACUGGGACUGGAUGUUCUUACCAGCACAACCCACUUCCGCCAUGACACCCAGCAGAGGAUUCUGGGAUUGACGCAAGCAUCACUCCCACUGAUGGCCAGGUUUCAGCUGGCCUGCUGAAGCUAUGGGGAGCUGCUGGAGCUGUCUAUACAGAGACGCUAUCCAAGACAACCAUCCCAACAAAUUCAAGGUAACUAAUGUGGACGAUGAGGGAAAUGAAUUGGGCUCAGGAACGAUGGAGCUCACGCAGACGGAGCUCAUUCUGCACACACGCAAACGGGACGCCAUACGGUGGCCAUACCUCUGCCUGCGACGCUACGGCUAUGAUUCCAACCUCUUCUCCUUCGAGAGCGGUCGCCGUUGUCAGACAGGACAGGGGAUCUUUGCAUUCAAGUGCUCCCGUGCAGAGGAGAUCUUUAACCUCCUGCAGGAGUUGAUGCAGUGUAACAGCAUUAAUGUGGUGGAGGAGCCCAUGAUCAUGACCCGGCCAGGGCACGCAGCCGAGAUGGACAUGCCUCGAACUCCACAGACACCUAAUACCCCUGGAUUCCCAAUGCAGGGUUUUCCUAAUGGAUACCCAGGAUACCCAAUCAGCGCAGACUCAUCUCAGCCCUCUCUCUCCAAUGACCACAGACAUAGCCUCAUGGGACUGGAUGACCAAACCCAUACAUAUGUGAAUACCGUAGGCAUGGAAACUGACCUCUCUAGCCGUCACUGUGUCCACUCCCUGCCUGAAGUGCGGCCCACCACCUACCCCGAAACCUCAACCACCACCACUAUCCGCGGGGGCGGCCAAGUCCCAGGACAGCCCGGCUUGCAUUGCUGUCCCCUGGACGACCCUCACAAAGACCCUCAGGUCUUCCUCCAGCCCGGAGCCCAGGAAGUGAAGUUCAUGUUGGGUCCGACCCCAGCACAGCGGCACUUAAUGGAGAGAGACAGGGAGCGUCACAUGGCUCACCCACUUCGGGCGCCAGACGUCAGCUCGGAAACAGAAGGAGAGGAGACUCCGUCCGUACACAUGUGCAACACGCAUUCUUAUCACCAUUGCCACCAUCUAAUGCACCGACAUCCCAGUAUGGAGCCCUGCCCGGAAAGCCAGCUAACAUACGAGAACAUCAACGGACUUCGAGGGGUACGCAGACAGAGGCUGAGCCCGAGCACCGUGUCGCAAUCACAGUCUCUGGGGUCCAGUAGCAGCAGCAGCACCACGGGCGAUUCCCGCACGCACAUGCAUCCACACUCUCUCCCACUUACGCACACGCACGCUUCCUCGCUGCCUCCACAGGGAUACGGCUGCGAACGGGGAAUGGGGGUCGGGGGUCACCGACGCACAGCGUUACUUAACUACGAGAACCUGCCGUCGCUACCGCCGGUAUGGGAAUACCGUGCGCUUCAGCGAGAGGAAGAGGAGGAUCAGGAUGAAGAUGAAGAUGAGGACGAGUACGAGGAGGAAGAGGAGGAGGAAUACGAUGAGUAUGAGUAUUCCGAAGGGCCUGUGACACCAAACGGAUAUCACCAGGAAAGCGGAGGCGGCGGCGGGAUUCACCGAGAUGCUCUGCAGAACUACGUCAACACUGAACAGCUACAGCCUCCUACCCGUCUUCGUCAUGCUUUCCCACCCCAUCCUCACCCACAUGAGAGGGCCAACCGCGUUUUCAACUUUGACUUCAGACGUCAGCGAGGGGGACGUGGCAGUGGUACCUGCGAGCAGUACGGUCGUCACCCGCCUCCUCCGCCCUCCCGCCAGCUCAACUACAUCCAGGUGGACCUGGAGGGCGAACCCUCCGGCUGCUCGGGACACGGGGGAGGGGGCCCGAUACCACAGAGACCGCCCCCUCUCAAACGCGGCAUGUCUGCUGCAGCCGCCGCGGCUCCACCCCCCCGGCGUGGAGAAUGCUACGCCGUGAUCGACCUGAAGAAAACAGCAGCCAUGUCCAACCUCCAGAAGGCCCUGCCUCGGGAUGACGGAACCUCACGGAAAACCCGCCACAACAGCACCGACUUGCCUCUGUGAGAGGGAAAGGGACGAACAGGGAGAGUUACAGGUAUGACAGGGAAAAAUGAGGGUUCUGGAAAGAGAGUUCGUGUGGUGUUUUUCUCUAUAUCGAAGUCUCUAUUUUCUCAUUGUCUACACUUUAUUCUCGCACUCAUACCAAUUGCUGCUUAAUGAAAUAGUAACUGAAAUUGAGCCAAGCAUUAAGCAUUUUUUUUUCACAUUGUGUGUGGGAGGGUAUGGAGAUGAUUCUUAUCACCGUGGUUUUAGGUUGCCGUCUGGGCUUUGGGCCAAAGAAUUGGGUACUGGAAAACCACCCUUCAUUCAGGAAACAAGUUUACUGUAGUGGUUCUAUUUUUUUAAGUCAAAGUGUCCUUUAUUUCAGAAUUUUUAAAUAUAACUUUAUAGAUUCUUUUCAAGGGUUAGUUGACCUGACAGUUCUGUCCACUCAUCAUUAUGUUCUUUAAUAAUUGUUUUGUCUUUCUGUGGGGGACAAAAUUUAUAUUUUUAACAGAAUAUCAAAAGUGCACACAAAUAAAAUCAAACACACCGUAAAAGCUGUCAAGCCCAUAAAAUUUAAAUAAAAAUAUUUUAUAAUUUGUCUUUUUUUUGGCUUGACAGGCACUGGUGCCCAUCUACUUGUAUGUAAUUUCAGUGUCAUGAGGGUAACAUAUGACAGUAUUUCCAUUUAUACUGUAUAUUUUGACAUUUGAAAUUCGAGUUAAACAGCUCUAAAAACACAAAAUGUUUCAUUACCUCAUGUAAGAUAAUUACAUGACAACACAAAGGUUUCCUCCAAUGAAAAAUGAUGGAAAUAUCAAACUUUUCAUCAUGAUCAAAAACUAACAGUCUCUCAUGUUGUCAUGUGUUACUGAAACAAAAUAAAGAAAGGCAUUUGUUCAGUAUUUGAAUGCCACAUGAAACGGACCUCACAUCCUCAGGAACUGAUCCAAUUAAAGGGAUACUCUAACCAAAAAUAGAAAUUCUGUCAUAAAUUCGUCACCCUCAAAAUGUUCCAAACCUGCAUACAUUUCCUUUUUUCGAUUAAACACAAAGAAAGAUAUUUGAAAGAAUGUUUUUGUUCUGUUGAACACAAGAAAAACAAAGAUAAUUUUAAGAAUUUAGGAAAACAAACAGUUCUAGGGCACCUUUGACUAUCAUUUUUUUGGUAGUCAAUGGUGCCCCAGAAAUCUCAGUUGCUAACAUUUUUCAAAAUAUCCUUCUUUGUGUUCAGUAAAAAUAAGAAAUAUUUACAGGUGUGGAACAACCUAAGGUUGAGUAAUUCAUGAAUUUUCAUUUUUGGGUAGACUAUCCCUUUAAUUCAGUUUAGAACUACAGUAUUUUUCUCAAAUUGUAACUGAGCCUCCCCAUUUCACUUGUCCUCACUGAGCCAUGGUUUCACAUUAAGUUUAAAGUCAUUAUUCAGAAUUUGGUUAAAGAAAUCUACAGUACCUUUAAAACAUAGACCCAAUAAAACACAUGGAAAUGGAGUAUGAAUAGAUCUGAUCAAGCUUUGGCUCCAUUUUUAGUGCUAUUUAUUUUAUUUUGCUGUUCUUUUGCCAUUAGGACAUGAUCAGGUAUUAUACUCACAAAAUUUGCUCCUUUCUUGAGGGAAAGCAAUUUUUAUACCAAUUUAAGGCGGAUAUCUACAUUGAAAAAUAGAUAUUUUAAACGACUCAAUUUAGAGAAAAAAUACUCUUUAUGUCUUUAAACUUAAUCUAAAAAUAAAAUCAAAUAAAAAAGGUCAAAGUAGGUUAACAUUAACUGCCAUUUACAUCCCCAAAAUGAGAAUUCUCACCAAAAGUGUAUUUAUGUAAUUCUAUGUUUUGUAAUGCUAACUAAAGCACCAUAAUCAGAUGUAAGAAUGUGAAUUAUUUUUUAUAUCUUAAAUAUAUCAUGCCAUGAUUCAUAAGGCAACACAUAUUUAUUUAAUUUAAAAUUAUUUAUAUAUCACACUGUCUGUCAGUAUGUGUUUAUUUAUUUAUUGUUUGGUAUAUGAAUUCAAUGUAACCUGUUGUUAGAUUAGUUGUUUUAAAGAUGCCAAAGGUGUUAUGGAUAUACCUUGGUAUUAUUAUACUCAUUUUUAAAAGUGCAGUUUCGUUUAUAAUAAUACUUUUAUUUGAACAUAUUGUGCCAAAAAAUAUACUUAUAUCACUCAACUAUGUGCCAUUGGUAAAUGUUGAAUUUUAGGGCUAACAAUCAGCAACAUGUACAUGCAGCUGUUCUCCACAAUGACAUCAUGAUCAUUUCAGGGCUUGAUAAUAUUUUGUCUACAAGUACAUACAAGUUAAUAUAUUCCCAGUCAAAUCUCGAAUUAGUUUAAAAUGACAGGCAUAAUUGUUACCACGAUUUUCAUUGGUAUAUUUUUAAUACCGUAGAUAAACAAUUAGGAGUGUAAAUGUAAGAUUUGCAUUCAUAAUAGCUGACAAUUUCUCAUCAACAAGGGAUGUAACGAUUCAAGAUAAUGAUCUCGAGAUACCAAGUUUGAAGUAAACAGCGGCCCCCGCUGUUCAAAACAUGUAUUGCGAUUCAAUUAACAUCUCAACAGACGUGAAUCGUCACAUAUUGUAAUCGAUUUUCAACCGGCUCAUGGUGAAUCGUUACAUGCCUAAUACUGAUGUAGCUAAACAUUUUCUAAAAUUGUACUAUAGUGAUCUCCAAAAGCUGGGAUUUAAUCGUAGUUGCGGGCGUUAUGAUACGCCCAGUAGGCCUAUUUCAAACUCUUACUGGCAGCCAUAUUGUUCUGAGUGCAGGGCUUUGUGGGCCAUUUGUACAGAAUUGUACACAUAUUAGCAGUAAAUUUAGCUUAGUGGCAACAAAUAACCUAAAAAUAUCUAGAUGUGUUGUUUUUAGUAUUUGAAUUGCCUCAGAGACGAUGUGCUGAAUGAUUUAUGUAUUGCAUAUUGACUUAUGUAUAACGGGAGAAGCCAUAAAUGAAAGAUAAUAUUUAAAGGAUUAGUUACCUUGUUUUUUUUUAGAAAAGAAUAUUAAGAGUAAUGAUUGCAAUUUAUUUUUUUAUCACCAAAAGGUUCAAUGCAAAACAGACUAAUUAAAAAUGUUCAAACUGAAAGAUUACAUACUACAUCUUUUAGUCGAUUAUCAUUAUGACAGCGUAAAUUCGAAGAGCCUUGCAGUUCAAUACAAUAUUGCUGCCUAAUAGUAAAUCCAAAUCGAAUCAACAUACUACACUCACAAUCACAUACACUUAUUGUACUUUAAGAAUGCGAUGAUUAACUAUUUGGACACUUUUAGACACUUUUCAGAGAUCAAUCUAGUUUUUAACAUCUAUAUUUUGGUAUUGUGCUAUGAUAAAACAUUUUGCAAUAACAGCUAAUGGAUUCAUAUCAAAAUUUGUUUGCGUCCUUCGAUAAGGUGUUCUGUGAUACGAGUCACAGUUGUAUGUGCAUUCAGAAAGGACUGGAUCAGUGGUGGGUUUACUGUCUUUCUCAGGCCAUUGUUAUCUGUGUAUUUAAAGAAGGCUCAAGAGGAAAAAAAUCUAGUCGUUUUGUUUGUACUUGUGGGAUCAUAUAGAACUCGAUUGUGCCAUAAGUGAUUUUCGUCCACUUUUAAAAUAAUGUGUAGCUCUAGUGGAAUUUUACAGGUACGGUAGCACAUACUUACUAGAUUCCUGUAUUGACUUUGAUAGUGGGGUCGCUUUGGAGUGUAAAUGCUUUUGUUUUGUUUGUUUGUUUACUUGUUUUGUUAUGUUUUUUUUUAUAUUUUCCAUACACAUCAUCAUCAGGGUAAAUGUGAUAAGCCCUUUGACCCAUUUGAGUUACAAACCCAGGUUUACUGCAAUGAAAUUGUAAUGGGGUGAGCAAUCGCAUACAUUACUGUAGAUCCCUGUGUUAAAAAAAAAUCAGCAAAAAGUUUAAAUGCACCUAUGACAUUUCUUGGUUAAUUUCUUUCUUAUUUUUAUUAAAGCAAUCUCAUUUAUGGAAAUCCACAUCUCAUCUAAAUCAUACAUUUUAUCUAAAUCUGAGAUGGUAUUCCAGCUGAAAAGGGUUUUGCAGUAACCUAACUGAAAAUCGAACAACCUGUCCUAUUGGCGGUAGAAUUACAUUGUCGUAAUAAAGCUUAGAUGAAGCUUAAUGACUGCGAUGUACUGUAAAUUAAUGUGAAUGUGUCUCAAAUGUGUCGGAGUUCUAGAGAGCCGCCCAUGCAUGGACUCUAUACCGGAGACUGCAAGCUCCUCGCACUCUCUGACUUUCAAACUGUUUUUUUUUCUCUGUAUGAAUGUACCCCACAGAGAUGGACUUGUAAAAUGCUCAGAUUAUGAGGUCAUUUACACUCAAUGUUUCUAUCCUCCCUGAUGAAAAGAUGUGUUCUGUUGUUACUGUUUCGUCUCAAGAAUUCCGAUUUCAAUUCGAUUUUUCCGAUUACGUUCCUUUAUAUACAGUAUUUACAUUUUCUUGUAUGUAAUUCUGUGUAUGUACAUAACAUAUAUGGGUAUGCGGUCAGCUUUUCCUGUGUUCGUUUGUGUUGGCGCAACAGACUUUUGCCAUUCGUAGAAAGAGAAACGCCUCAACGGUCAUUCCAUUAUAGACAUUGCAGUCUCUUUAAACGGAUCAGAGAUCUCCUAUAGUCUGUUGAUGUUGCGAUUGCAACCCUUCUCCAUUCUUACAAUGCAAAGCAGGCAUGCCCCAUGUUGAAUGUUAAUUUCAGUCAUAUAAACUUUUGAAGAGAAAGGCUUGUAUAAUAAAAAUGAAUGUGAUUAAAUGUAAUGUCAACAU